UUGAACAGUUCAUGACAUGCCUGUAGGAAUAGGUUUAUUUUAAAAGAAAAAUAAGUCCAAUACAAUGGAGGUUAAUGGGACUUCUGGUGACUAUAUGUGGCAGCAACAUUGUGGUGGGCAUGGUAAGGGAUGCUUGGAGCAGCUACAUGAUGGUUGGCAUGGUGGGCAUGGUAAGGGAUGCUUGGAGCAGCUACAUGAUUGUUGGCAUGGUGGGCAUGGUAAGGGAUGCUUGGAGCAGCUACAUGCUUGUUGGCAUGGUGGACAUGGUAAGGGAUGCUUGGAGCAGCUACAUGAUGGUUGGCAUGGUGAGGGAUGCUUGGAGCAGCUACGUGAUGGUGGGCAUGGUGAGGGAUGCUUGGAGCAGCUACAUGAUGGUGGGCAUGGUGAGGGNCGUGCAACACCAACAUUUUGGGCUCUAAAUGGGUGUUUAACACUAAAUAUUUGCUCAAUGGAUCUGUUGAGCAUUUCAAGACUCGUCUGGUUGCCAAAGGUUAUACUCAGAUUUCUUGUCUCAAUUACACUUGCACUUUCAGUCCUAUUGUUAAAGCUACUACUAUCGACGGCCGUUGUGACACCUUCAACCUUUCUUACCCAAUUUAGCAUUUCUACAACACCGAGGCUACCAAGGUACAAGCCUUCUUAG